AUGUGGGCCGUGGCCGUGCACAUUGGAGCGGGCCGCCACGCGGCCGACGCAGCCUCGACAGCGCUGGCCGAGGCUAGCAUGCGCGACGCUCUUGAGACUGCGGGGCGUCUCCUUCGUGAUGGUGCGUCGGCGACGACAGCCGCAACCGCCGCAGUCCACGUCCUCGAAGACGCCGCAUGCACCAACGCGGGCAGCAAUGGGCCGUGCGUCAACCUCACCGAGACGGGCGUCGUCGAGACUGACGCUUCGAUCGUCGAUGGCCAUAGCGGAGGCAUUGGCUGUGUCG